AUGGUGAUGCUGAUGAUGCUGAUGAUGAUGGGGAGGCGUUUCCUGGGAGGGAGAUGUGGGUGGUUUGGAGGGGGCCGGUUUUUGGAUGAGACGGAUGAGGUUAGGGGACUGUAUGAGGGACAGCAGGAUGGCAAGGAUGGGCAGGAUGGGCAGGAUGGCGAUGGGGGGGUAGGGGUUUGUGAAGGUGAAGACGAGGGUGGUCUUAGUCCGGAUGAGGAGGUCGGAGGAUUGUUUGGGAAUCCGUCCGAGCCCACGGACCAUCUGUGGGGAAGUGGUUCGUCGUCGGCGGCGUCGCAGGGGCUGCUGGACGGAGGGUUGAUCCGUGCGCCUGAGUCGGAUGCUGCAGUCGGUUUGGGAUUGCCGCUCAGGCUUUCGUUCAAUGAGAGAGAGGCCACACUGAUGCGCAAUUAUGUGGAAAAUAUGGCGCUAUGGGCGGAUAUCACGGAUCCACAUCGACAUUUCGAGAUCGAGGUUCCCGUCAGAGCGGUACAGGAGCCGGUCCUACGCUUGGCCAUCUUCGCGUUCUCGUCUCGCCAUGUCGAACGCCAGCGGAAGGGGAACGAAGCCGAGGCUCUGCAGUACCAUAAUGCCUGUCUGCAGCUUCUGAUCCCCGCAUUGUCUGGAGCGAAGGGUGGCGUGAAUGAUGUUGUGCUUGCCACUGUUGCGAUCCUGCGACAGCAUGAGGAGAUGGAGUACGACGACAACCAGUUCCACCUGACAGGCGCAAUGCACAUCAUGAACACCGUCUCCUCCUUUGGGUCCUCGGGUGGCUUGGGCGAGGCUGCAGCCUGGCUUUGUCUCCGCGACGACAUCCACGUGUCGCUCAUCUCGCAGAAGCCUCUCCGCACGAACCUCGAAUGCUUCCAUCGCUCGGAUAUAUUUGUCCGAGACGAUGACUUCGCCUGGGCCAGCAGAAUGGUCUUUCUGCUCGCCAAGAUUCUGAGGUGCGCUUUCAACCAGGUGUCUGAGUCGACUGAGCUGCAGAUCAUCGCUCGUGAGGUGGAGGAGUGGAACGCCUCGAAACCGCCUUCGUUUGAACCGCUUCGUGCUCUUCCCCGUGGGAAAGAGGUUUCGCGUCGGUUUCCAGAGUUGUGGAUGUUGUUGCCGGUGCAUGUGGUCGGUGUCCAGUAUUAUCAUAUUGCCAAGAUUGUUUUGGCUUUUUCUUGCUGCCCGAGCCCGGUGCUUGCGUAUGAGAGCUUUAGGAACUCGCGGAAUACCGAGAAAACGAUCCGACACCACCUGUUCAUGGUCCUGGCGCUGGCCAAGUCGAAUUCCAAGGCGGAGAAUACCCUCUUCACGGCGCGCCACAGCCUGGUCGCUUCUAACGAACCAGGGGGAUGGGUCAUCCGGCACCGACUGGACCAGGAGGCAGCGGAAAUCCUGCUGAGGGAGAUGUGGACCCGGACGGGCUGGGAUGUGGCCGCAUCGAUCCAGUCUCUGAGGGAGCAAUGGGCCGAUGAGUCGGACAGCUAG